GUCAAAAUGUAGAGCACAAAAGGCCCAGAUAAACCUCUGAGAUAUCGCAAAUUGUAAGCAAAAUGAACAGACACAAGGGCAUCGAUCCCGUGUUUAGAAGUGCAGGAACUAAACCAGGAAUUGAAAUUUGGAGAAUAGAGAAACUGAAGCUUGUACCACAGCCAAAAUCAAGCCAUGGUGUUUUCCACACAGGAGAUUCCUACGUCAUACUUCUAACUAAAAGACGUGACCAUAGUCUUGAAUGGGACAUUCAUUUUUGGCUGGGAAAAGAAACCUCACAGGAUGAGGCUGGAGUGGCUGCAUACAAAACUGUGGAGCUGGAUGACAUGCUCGGUGGCUCUCCUGCUCAGUACAGAGAAGUGCAAUACCAUGAAUCGAGGGAAUUCUCAAGGAUGUUCCCGCAAGGCGUCAAAUAUUUGGAAGGCGGUGUUGCAUCUGGCUUCCGUCACGUAGAAAAAGAUGUCUACGAAAAAAGACUUUAUCAAGUUAAAGGGAAAAGAUCAGUUCAAGCUAGACAGGUUGAGCUUUCGCACGAAUCGAUGAAUAAAGGAGACGUUUUUAUUCUUGACGAUGGUCUGAAGAUAUUCUGUUGGAAUGGAUCUGAGAGCAGCAAAAUUGAAAGGAUAAAGGCUGCGGAAGCUGCGAGAAAGAUUAGAGAUGAAGAGCGGGGAGGAAAGGCACAAAUCAUUCUAAUCGAUGAAGGCAAGGAUGCAAGACAGGAGGCAGAGUUCUUCAAAUGUCUUGGAUCACAAGGUCCAAUAAAAAGUGGUGCAGAAGGGGGUGACGAUGAAACAUUUGAGAAAAGCUGGAACAAAAGCAUUUCCCUUUACAAGGUAUCCUACGAAAGUGGAGAGCUAUCAGUGGAAGAAAUUCAAUUUGAAAUUCUGAAGCGAAACCUUUUGAAAUCUAAGGACUGCUUCAUUCUAGACACUGGGCCAACAGGUGUUUAUGCCUGGGUUGGUAAAAAAUGUACAAAAAACGAGAAAAAAGCUGCUAUGUCGACAGCCAUGCAAUUUGUACAAGCCAAAGACUAUCCAGUCUGGACCCAAGUAACCAGAAUAGUAGAAGGAGCUGAAACUCCUGUUUUCAAGCAAUUUUUUGCCUCGUGGACCGACGAAGUUCACGUUGGGACGAUAACGGUUAACGACAUUGCAACGAAGUUAAAAAAAGAAGUAAACAACUCGGAUAUUCAUCAAAGAGCGCAGGCAGCAAAGGAAGCACUUCCUGAUGAUGGAAAUGGCAACAUCGAGGUUUGGAGAGUUGAAAAAGGGAGGCAAUUUAAAUGGGACCCUCAAAAGCAUGGCAUAUUCUACGAAGGAGACUGUUACGUCAUCUUAUAUACAUUCAGCGAUCAAAAUGACAAUCCGAGGCACAUUAUAUACUACUGGCAGGGAAAUAAAUGCAGAAAUGAGAAUAAAGCAGAGGGUGCUAAAUACGCUAGAACUUUGGAUAAGGAACUUAAUGAACAGGCCAUGCUGAUUAGAAUCACCCAGGGCAAAGAAAUUGAGCACUUUCUACGAAUAUUCAAGGGGAAAAUGAUUAUUUUGCAGGGAUCGACGCCGCAUGGAUUUGAAGGACGACUCCUUUCAGACGACCCAACGAACUUUAAAGGAAAUUCGAGACUUUUUCACAUUCGUGGAACUUCAAAUUACAACAUGCGGGCAGUACAGGUUGCCGUAUCAGCAUCAAAUCUGAAUUCAAAUGACGUUUUUCUACUUCAAAACCAAUCAGUAUCUUUCGUUUGGGAAGGACAGGAUGCUAGUGACCAAGAGAAGGACUUUGCUGAAGAUGUUUCAGACAGGAUAGCACCAAAUGGGGAUUUAGUCAUUAUUCAAGAAGGAUUCGAAAUGGAUGACUUUUGGAACAUUAUGGGUGGGAAGAAACCUUAUGAAUCCGAUGUGAGAGACAAAGAUGAAGGCAAGACACGACCACCACGUCUUUUUCAAAGUUCUAAUGCGUCUGGUACUUUAAGAGUGACUGAAAUUCAGGAUUUUGAUCAAGAGGACUUAUGUGAAGAUGACGUCAUGAUUCUAGAUGCGUACGAUGAGGUCUUCGUAUGGAUCGGAAAGGGGGCCAACGAAAUUGAAAAGACACAGUCAUUCAAUAAUGCAUUCGAAUCUAUUAACUCAGGCAACACAAAAAGAAAUAUUGAAAACACGGCUAUUUACGAAAUCAAACAAGGAUUCGAACCAAUAAAUUUCACGGAAUAUUUCUCUGCAUGGAACUCUUCAAUGUGGGAUGGAGCUAAACAAUACGAAGACCUGAAAACAGAGAUGGAAAAUGAAAAUAUGAAAGCGACAAAGGCUCAAGAGGAGAGCAUAAAAUACAACAAAAUUUUCACAUACAAAGAGCUGAAGCGAAAAAACAAACUACAAAAUAUCGAUAUUUGUAAUAAAGAGAAAUAUCUGUCAGAUGAAGAAUUCAAAAGGGUAUUUGGAAUGAUUAGGGUGCAAUUUUACGAAAAACCAGUUUGGAAACAAGUUAGUUUGAAGAAGCAGAUGGGGCUUUACUAAGACUACACCUGUGUCACCUAGCUGCAACGUUCAAAUUAAAAGCAACAAAGCAUCACCAAAGUCGAACAGAAAUGGGAAGAAAUAAGUGGAUUAAGUUCAAAUUUAAAAGCAAACAAAGAUGAUAACAAAUUCUAAAUAAUAAAAGUAAAUGCAUGCACAGUGGCUUUAUAUUUGGUUAAACAUUGUACUCAUGUAAAUAGGUUUGAUUUCCUAUUAUAUAAUUAGAAUUCAGCUGCACAAUAACCAGAAUGAAGCAGUACAGUUUCCACAGUGGAAGUCGAAUACCGUAAAUUCUCUUUUUAGCCCCCCUCUCUCAAUUAAGCCUCCUCCCUUAUUAACCCCCCCUGUUACGCGGAAAAAUUUAAUUAGCCACUCCUUUAAAUUUAGCCACCCCCAAAUUUCAAUGAUGCUGAAAUAUAUAAACUUGACAAAAAACAGUGAUUUUCGUUUAGUUCACUGGUCGUUCAAUUCUUCGCAUCAAACCAAAAUUCACACCAUGUCUCUAGAAUUAAUAAUUGUUGACGAUGACGAAGGCAAUAUUAUUGAUAAAGAAGGCUGAUUUGGUGUUUUCCAUUUCGCAAAUAACAAAAUAUUUUACAAUAUAUUUAUUAAGCCUCCUCUCUCCAUUUAGCCCCCCCCCUCUCUUAUAAGCCCCCCUUUAAAGUGCUGAAAAACAAUAAGCUCCCCGGCGGGUUAAAAAGAGAAUUUACGGUUUAUAAAUUCUCACUCUAUCAUAACUAUGAAACCUGUCCCUCAGUACGUUCUCUUCCACCUGCACUGGAAGCGCUGGAACCACUUAGAAUGUAAUCUUAUAUGUUCACCGGAGAGAAGUUUGACUCGACCGAAAUUUGAAAAAACCAUUGAAACUUCUAACUGAUGCAGAUUAAAUUAUCCGAACAUCUUCGUAUUUAUUUGCGAUAUUUUAUCUUUCGCUAUGCUGAAUAGUAUCUAAUUGAAGGCAUUUGACACAGGUAAAAAUGGCUUACAGCCACUCAAACACGAGCGGUUGACCAAUCAAAUUGCGCACAGAGAAAAACAGGUGAUCUGCCUUUCUGCAAAUCGGUUAAAUCCUAGAGCAGCGCGCAGUGGUUUCACGUGAGCAGUUUCUAAUUCCUUUCUUAUGCGCGUGCUCUGAUCAAUUUGGCCUAAUUUAUUUUUGGAUUCGCUGUACUUAUGCAUGUCAAAUGCCUUUAACUAUUGAAGGUUUUAAUAACAAGAUCGCACAUGCUUUUUUGUUAGAAAUGUAUGAACAAAAUUUGUUAGCACUAAAAGUGAUAAAUAUAACGUAAUUCUAUCGCCGUGUGCUACUAAUGAUUAACUCGUUUAAUCCUUCUCUGUUAAGUAUACGAUGGUAUAUAUUUAAGAGAAUAAUUCAUAAUCAAAUCAUUCCAAUCUAGGCCGACAUUUAUUGGUUGCAAUCUCAAAAGUAACUACUCUUGCAAAUCACGAAAUCCACACAGAAUGAUAGUUUUUCAAGGCCACAACAUGUUUACCUUUAUGAAUUAAUUUUUAUGGUGUGCUUAUGUGAUCACUAAGAAUCAAACAACCUUAUCUUCUCGUUUACAUUCUUAAAAAAUACAUAAAAUACUUUCCCACGCAGCAUAUGAUCGAAAUAAGAAUAAAGUAAGCGUUCAUUUUAAACAAAAAUACAUUACGAAUUCUAGCAUUAAGUCACAUGAUACGAAUAUAACUAUUAGCCAGUAAAUAAAACGAACAGCUUUGAAAUACCCACCAAUUUAA